CAAUUCGCCAGGGCAUCGUGUAAUUUGCGAAGCGGCUAAACAUCUCGACCACAGCGAGCGAGCGAGCGGAGUGAGAGGCGGAUACCGUAGGAAGGGCAGCAGAAAGGCACAGCGAUUCGAGUGACCUCACACAAAGUGCGAAAAGGGGAGGAGGUCAUCCGACGCCCCUUGCUCUACUUAUCCUACCACCACCCCGUUCUUUCAACGGCUCUCGCUCCCCCUCUCUUCCUUUCCUCUCCAUCCUCUCCUCGUCCUUCGUUCAUCAAUCCAACUGCUCAGUCACUCUUUCCUGCAGCACCAACAAAUCCAUCGCUUUCAGCGUUACACACUCUUUUUCUCUCAGAAAAUCCCUAAUACCUCACAAAACAAAGCAAUGCGUUUCUUCACCACUGCCACUGUUGCCCUGACCGCCUUCGCCUCGACUGUUUACGGUCUUGCUGCGCCCGCCCCAGCCACCGUUACCGCUCCGGCUGCGGUUCCUACCGUUUCCGGUGUUUCGGUCUCUGGAGGUUCCAACCCCAUUCGCCAGCCUCUGGGUGAUGUCGCUCUCGAGGCCGGGCAGCCAUUCACCAUCAAGUGGGAUGCCAACUAUGGUGACAAAGUUACGCUCAUCCUGAGGAAGGGUGACACCGACAACCUUGACAUUGUCGUUGAGAUCGUUGAGACGGAAAACACCGGAUCAUACACCUGGACUCCUCCCAAGGAGCUCGAGGGUGACGACGACUACUCCAUCCAGAUUGUUGCCGGCUCCGCGACCAACUACUCUCCUCGUUUCACGAUCAAGUCCGAGGGUGCCGGCAUCAAGUCUAGCUCCACCACCAGCGCCACCUCUUCUUCCGAGACCACCUCCACGGCGACCAAGAAGUCGAGCUCCGCCACUGCGUCCGAGUCCGCCGAGGCCUCCGGCUCUGCCUCGCCUUCCUCGACCACCACUCGCCGCGCUUCCGCCAGCAGCACUGAAGAGCCCAUCACCGCUGCUUCCGAUCCGGCCGAUAACGCCGCUGGCCAGCUUAGCUCCCCGCUCGCCUUGGUGCUCUGCAUCGCUGCGUCGCUGGUUUACUUCUAUUAAACGUCUCAAAUCAACAACUCUUCUCUUGUGAUCUAUGUUUGUGGUGUAUGCAUGCAUGUCAGCAUUCAUCUUCGCUUGGGGACGGGUUACGGAGUAACUACUGAAUGGUGGUAUUUCGUUGAUUCUUGAUUGUUCUUUUUCUUUUUCUCCUGUACCUUCUUUUCCUCUUUCGGGGAGGUAGUAACGCGCUCGAUGAUCUCAUACACCGAGUGUAUUUUCUCCUUUUUGUUUACGGCUAUGAAGAUAGUUCGGUUUUGAUGUGGCUUCGUGAACGGAGUUCUUUGUCUUAGCGGGAUGUAUGUAGCGAUGGAUGUAUGUAUAAUGUGGGGUUUUGAUCGGUGGACGUUGGUGGGGAAUAUGAUAGCCAGAA